UACAGGAGAUGACCAGAGACUGAGGACAUACUACAGGAGAUGACCAGAGACUGCGAACACAGUACAGGAGAUGACCAGAGACUGCAGACAUAGUACAGGAGAUGACCAAAGACUGCGGACACAAUACAGGAGAUGACCAGAGACUGCGGACACAGUACAGGAGAUGACCAGAGACUGCAGACAUAGUACAGGAGAUAACCAGAGACUGCGGACAGUACAGGAGAUGACCAGAGACUGCGGACACAGUACAGCAGAUGACCAGAGACUGCGGACACAGUACAGGAGAUGACCAGAGACUGCGGACACAGUGCAGG